AUGAAGAAAGCGGAUAAGGAAUAUGUCAACAGUGAGUUAGAGAAGAAGGCGGAUAAGGAAUAUGUCAACAGUGAGUUAGAGAAGAAAGCAGAUAAGGGACUUAUGGCUAGUGAAUUAAUGAAGAAAGCAGAUAAGGAAUAUGUUAACGAAAAAGAUAAUGAAAUUAAAGAAAUGGUUGAAUGGUAUCAUGAAUGGACAUCAAAGAUUUUAAAAACUAAAGCCGAUACAGGAUGGGUUUCAGGAUGUUUAGACCUUAAAGCGGAUAAGGAAUAUGUCAACAGUGAGUUAGAGAAGAAGGCGGAUAAGGAAUAUGUCAACAGUGAGUUAGAGAAGAAGGUAGAUAAGGGACUUAUGGCUAGUGAAUUAAUGAAGAAAGCAGAUAAGGAAUAUGUUAACGAAAAAGAUAAUGAAAUUAAAGAAAUGGUUGAAUGGUAUCAUGAAUGGACAUCAAAGAUUUUAAAAACUAAAGCCGAUACAGGAUGGGCUUCAGGAUGUUUAGACCUUAAAGCGGAUAAGGAAUAUGUCAACAGUGAGUUAGAGAAGAAGGCGGAUAAGGAAUAUGUCAACAGUGAGUUAGAGAAGAAAGCAGAUAAAACUUAUGUUAAUGAAGAAAUAAAACAAUCAGAGGUCUAUUUUACUCCACCAUUUUUAAAUUUUAUGAAAUCAUCAGAUAAAACCUUUGAUAUAGAUUCUUUUGAAUGGAUAUGUUUCGAUGGAGUGACCAUGUAUUUAUUUUAUACAGCUGGAGUGCUUUAUUAUUUUAAAACAAAUGAUUUUAAAAACUAUGAAUCAUUUACUCCAUCUGUUUUGAAUCCUGAUACACGAAAGCCAAUCAUUAAUCCAAUAAUUUUAUAUGUUGAAUAUAAUAACGGUAAAUUUAUGGGAAUGAUAACGGUUGAAGAUGAUUUUUGCCCUUGUUAUUCAUUCGAUUGUAUCCAAUGGUUCAAAUGUAAUUUAAAUCAAGAUGCUAAAUUUAAAUAUCGAGAUAAUCCUAUUAGAUGUGUUAAUAAUAAAUGGGUACUAAUUUAUGAAGUCAAUCAAAUUUUCAUUAGUGAGGAUGGGAUAAAUUAUUAUAUGUUUAGUAUGAUGUCAUCAGAUUUGAAAAUUGAUUAUACAAGUAAGUGGUAUUACAUUAACAACAUGUAUUUUAUCCUACAAAAUGAUAAAAUUUAUAGAUCAUCUUCAAUAUCACAAGGUCAAUUUGAACAAAUUUUUCAAGCUGAUGGAGACAUUGAAGCUUUAUGUUAUGGAUCAAAUGUUUAUGUUCUCGUUUCA